GUCCCCUUCGUUUUCUACUAUUCUCUAUACAUGGCGUAAUUGUGCAGAGAGAUCCAAUCAAACUUAACAGUUCUGCUGUCACAACUCGAGAGACCAAGAAGCAAUAGAUCUAACACAGCAACUAGUAAUUUAGAGCUAAGAAUUCAGGGAGAGAGAGAGAGAGAGGAUGGAUAAGAUGAAUCAGGCUUUUGAGAAGAUGAAGAUGUUGGUGGGUAUGGAGGUUGAAGACGAGGAACGAGCUGCCGAAGAAGAAAGCUCUCUCUCUUUCAUGGAAGAUCUUAAUCGCAAUUGCGCUUUGACUACCAAACAGAGAUUCUAUGGAUUUGCGAUUUGCUUGUCAGCUGGCUUGGCAUGUACUCUUUUGUCAAUGCUUGUUUUCUUCAAUCCGAUCAAGUUUGGCUUCACAUUCACUCUUGGAAAUUUGAUGGCACUUGGGAGCACAGCAUUCCUUAUAGGCCCACAGAGGCAGGUGACGAUGAUGCUUGACCCAGCUCGCAUCUACGCUACUGCUUUGUAUCUUGCCAGCAUUAUCAUUGCCUUGUUUUGCGCUCUCUAUGUUCGUAACAAGCUGCUGACGCUACUUGCUAUCAUUCUUGAGUUCUCUGGUCUAAUAUGGUAUAGCUUGAGCUACAUCCCUUUUGCAAGGACCAUGGUCUCAAAGGUGUUCAUGACUUGUUUCGACACCGAGUUUUGAGCACAGCCCCUAUACUCAUCAAGGAUUUGUCGUCCCAAAACCAGUGUGUUCUGUUUUAAUGAUUGGUCUGGUGUUCAAAGCUGGACUUGUUUGAUCCACGAAGAAUGCUGAAAGCUCUAAUAGUCUUUGGUUUUUACUUUGCUUCUUAACAUGAACUUCAUGUCUUCACAACUCGUAGCACAGUUUGUUGUAUAUUUUGCUGUGGAAUAUAACGUAGAUUUUGUGCGGGUC